AUGACCUCGAUGGCCUCGCCGGACAUACCCACGCUCAAGAUAUUGCUCAUCGGAGCAUCCAGCGUAGGCAAGUCGUCCUUGCUCCUACGAUUCACAGACGACGAGUUUUUGGGUCCGGAAGAGAGCAGCGCUACGAUUGGCGUGGAUUACAAGAUCAAGGCCAUCACUGUUUCGGGAAAGAGAUACAAGCUGAGCAUUUGGGAUACAGCGGGCCAGGAGAGGUUCAGGACGCUCACUAGCAGCUAUUACAGGGGCGCUCAUGGGGUCAUCAUCGGUGAGUGGGGGUGCUGGUUGGUGCGACAUUGCGCUCAUCAGCGCUUCAGCAGGCUGGACUAUCUGUCGCCGAGCUGAUGCAAGGAAUGCUUCGGUUCGUGUCGUGCAGCCUACGAUGUCACGCAGAGAUCCUCUUUCGACGCAUUGCCUACUUGGUUCUCGGAACUCGAGACUUUCAGCUCCAGUCCCGAAGUCGUCAAGAUCGUGGUGGGCAACAAAGUUGACAAGGUAAGUGUAGACAGUCGCGAUGGCUCGCAAUGGCUUGCUGUAUGCAGAUGCAGCGCGGGAGGAGGUUCCUGAUUUCUGUCCCAGGCCUUGAAGAGGCUGAAGAAAGACUCCCAGCUGACGUAUCUGACCUUUGCGCACCUCGACCUCUUCUUCGUGCAGGAUUUCUCGCGAGUCGUGACGACCGAAGAAGGCAAGGCGUUCGCAGACAAGAUGGGUGCGCUCUUUAUUGAGUGCAGUGCCAAACGUGGUUCAGGUGUUAGCGGAGCUUUCGAUGAGCUGGUCAACAGGGUGAGUGUCCAGUCCCGAGCGCUGCUUCUCGAACAAGCCUUGCCAAGUGUGGGUGUGGAUGACUGACGCACGAAUUUCGCAUUGAACGCGAUUGGCCCGGACCGCAGAUCGUUUCCACACCCUCACUCUGGGCUGCAGGGACGGGUCGAAGACCCGGCGAUCGUAUACCCGGAGGCGCGCCUGCUGGCAGCGCCUCGGAUACGAGGGGCAACAUCAGUCUGUCAGACCCUGGAGGAGUCGUGGGUUAUGGUCUCGGUGUGGCGCGAGACAGGUGCAGUUGCUAG